UUUGCUUUUAUCAAUCCAGCUUUAGUCUCUAAAGCUGGAAUGGGUGAGACAACAAAGGAAAAUAGGUCAAGGUUGAUUGCAAAUCGUUUAAUGCAUGCAAAGCGUGCUGACUACAUUUUUAUUCCAUAUAACCCUGAUUUCCACUGGGUCUUGGUGGCAUUGGAUAUGAGGACAAUGACUGCGUACUACCUUGAUCCGAUGCAAAAGCAACCAUGUGAUGAUCUUAAGGAAAUUGUUAACAUGGCACUACGAAUUCAUCCACCAGAGAAACAAAGAUCAUCAAAGAGGAAGCCGACAUGGGUAAAAGUAGUGAUGCCCUCAUUUCAGUCCAGUAAGAGUUGUAGAUCACAUUUUGACGAUUCUCAUAAGUUCUCAUCUCAUGAUAAGUAAAAGAUUUCAAGUUCAGGAGUGGAUAUGCAACCAACAAAAAUACUUUUGGCUAUAAAUACUUUUGGCUUCUUCUUCUUCUUGUUGUAAUAUUAUUUUUGAUAAGGAAUUUGGAGACCUUGUUUUUUGGUACAUGUGUACUUGUUUUAUAUAUGUUGAAGUUGGAAAAUAUGCUUGUAAAUAUUUUGAUACAUUUACAAAUUUGCGUAUUAAUUAACUAUGUAGACAUUAGUUCUUUAUCA